AUGUCCUCGAACGCGCCUCCAUUACCAUCCGUACCCGAUUCCUUAAGCACAGUCGCGAACCGCAACGCGACCAAUUACUCAUCCAUGAACAACCGCUACGGUUCGCCCUACAGCACCGGCUACGGCGGUAUGAACAGCUACAGUUCGCCAUAUUCCAGCAUGGGUGGAGGCUACGGCUCCAUGUACGGCGGUAUGGGCGGAAUGGGAGGCAUGUAUGGGGGCAUGGGGGGCAUGGGCAUGGGUAUGGGUGGCAUGUACGGCGGCAUGGGAGGUAUGCCCGGAGAUCCAAACAGCAGCCUCACACAGUCGUUCAGCCAGAGCACGGCAGCAACGUUCCAAUUGAUUGAGAACAUAGUCGGCGCAUUUGGAGGUUUUGCGCAGAUGUUGCAAAGCACAUAUAUGGCGACACACUCGUCCUUCUUUGCCAUGGUAUCGGUCGCAGAACAGUUCGGAAACCUGCGACAAACACUCGGCUCAGUAUUGGGCAUCUAUACCGUGAUGCGAUGGAUUAGGACUGCCAUUGCAAAACUCACCGGGCGGCCCCUACCAGCCGACGCAACCGCUCUCACACCUGCGAGCUUCGCAGCCUUCAACGGACGUAUGCCUGACGGCUCACCAGCACCCGCGAAACCAUCCAAGAAGCCAUUCAUUGUUUUCAUGCUUGCCGUUUUCGGUCUACCAUACCUCAUGGGCAAACUUAUCAAGGCACUUGCACGAUCACAAGAAGCGGAGGAACAACGAAAGAUGCUGGAGAAUCCUCAAGCCGGUCAACCGCUCGAUCCUAACAAGCUCGAGUUUUGCCGUGCGCUAUACGACUUCACUCCCAACGCCAAUAUGCAAGGCAUGGAUCUGUCAGUAAAGAAGGGGGAUAUGGUUGCUGUACUCAGCAAGAGCGACCCUAUGGGCAAUGCAUCGGAAUGGUGGAAGUGCCGCUCAAGAGACGGGCGCAUGGGUUAUCUACCCGGUAUCUAUUUAGAGACCAUUCAGCGGAAGACACCUGCACAAAUCACGAAUGGAAGCCCAAGCGGAAGCCUAGCUGGCAGCAGAACACAAACGAUGACAAGCAGCAGCGCACCGAAUCGGACUGCUACGAUGGUUGAGAGUAAGGUGUCAGACAAGGUCGGACCCAAGGUUGAGAGCAAAGCGGGCGAUAUGGGUGUGGAGAGUUUCCAGAAGGGCGCAUUCUACUCUUAAUGUUACAGCUAAUUCUGUUAAGCGCUUUCUUUCUGUCAUUGUACUGCGUUCGUAGCGUUCAUCACUGUGCUACAGUAUGAUAUGCAGCGUGUUUGUUUACAACUCGGCUGGAAAAGCUUUGGGUGCGGCGUAUGGCGCGCAAAGAUAUCAUGGGAAUGAGACAUGCUACAUUUGACAAAUACUACACAUGCAAA